AUGGCGGAGGUGGAGGCCUGUUGCGCCGAUGUUGACGGUCAGGCUGUUGCCGUGCUCGCCCGCUACAUGGGAUGGCGAGCGGCAAAAAGGGUCGACGCGUGGUGGACGACAGCGGUGGAGGCAGACGUGCCAUCAUCGCAGCCGCCGAUAGCAUCGUCGGCGUCGUUUUCUGGAAUUGUGCCGUCCUUUGCCUUCUCAAACGAUAUAGUGCUGGAGGAAGCGCUCGAGCUCGCCUACAUGGCUGACGGCGUCCUGCGACUCGCCGAGGACCGACGGUGGCUGGAACGGUUUGUGACGAUCCUCCAAUACGUGCUACUCCGCCGCGUCUCUCUGAUAGAGGAGGCGCAGCUGUACCGGUGCCUGCGCGAGCGUGCCCUUUUUCCAUGCCACCCUGCGACACACAAGCGCAAGGGGGCCGUCCAGGGAGAUCGAGGAACGCAGCGCAGCACGUGGGCUGCGGCGUGGCGAGUGCACCACCGUCCCACGUGGUUGGCACCACUCUCCGGCGGUGCCCGGUUUCUCUGCCUACCGCUUAGUUACUUCCCAGUGGAGGCCGUGCUGCCCUACGUCGCGUGCGAGACGUGGCUUAGCGACCGUCUGCUGAGCACAAUGCUGCCCCGGUGGGAGCGACUUUGCGUGCGCUCGUUGCAGCGGCUGCAGAAACUCGCGCCACCUGUACCGACACUCAAGAAUGGUGCGCGAGCGGAAAGGAUGUCCAGCAAGGUACAAUACUGGUUUCUACGCUACACCGCCCCAAUCAUGCGCACCUGUGUCGAACAGCAGCGCGCCGCCGCGCACCGCUUCUGCAUGCAGGAGCUGAGCACCGCUGCCGGCUAUGACAACGCUGCUUCGAGUGACCUUCCCCGUGGCUCUCUUGCGCUCUUGUGGCGAUGUCUGAGAAGCAUGUGCACGUGCUCGGCAUCAGCAGCGUCUACUUCAGCGGACAGUGCCGUGCCGAAUAAGGACACAUCUAGACUUGUGCGCCGCGUGCUGAUUCUUCGUGCUGUCUCCCAGGCUGUCACCGUCACCUUGCAGGUGUGCUGCCCUCGCCUCACCGUCCGCUACGUCACGGAACUGAUGGUUGCUGGCUACUGCGCGCAGAGAGAGCGCAGCUCAUCAUCUCCAAAGCUCACCACCACCACCACCGACGCAGCGGCAGCGUCGCCUGUAGACACGCUGCUGAGCUCCAUGGCUGCUGAAAUGGGAUGGGCACUGGUAGCGGGCGUAGCAGAGGCGCUACUGACACGCUUCACAGGCAUCACUGGCCACCAGUUGUCGUUGCUGCUCGCCGACGCUGCUACGCGACGAGUUGAGCAAGAGCUGCUUUGCGUCGACGAAGCCUUCUACUGUCGCUGGCUCCGCGGCGUACCUGGUGAGGCAGACAGUGUGGAAGCUACCGGCGUGGCAGCAUCGCCCGGUAGGCGGGUGCCCCCUGUUGGCAUGCUGCCAGCGCGCCCCCUCGUCACAGCCGACGAUGUCCUCGCAACGGGGCGGCGUGGUGGCGAGCGAAUGUUCGCCUUGCAUGACGCUGUCGUGAAGCGGUCACUGCGGUAUGCCGCACUUAUCGCUCGCGCGGCCGUCACGCGAGAGUGGCGGCCACUAGUUGGUGCGGCUGUGACGGCCUGGGUGAAUGUGCCGGCGCUGCUCUCUUCCUUCUCUGUUGCGGUGGGCUACUCGACCCCAUCAGAUCUCGCGCGGUUGCUAUCGCGAAGGGAGGAGAGCCUGCCAAGCAGGAGCCCCGUCGGCCUACGGCUGCUGCUUGAGGUUCUUGUGGACGAGGAGAGUGACACGACAGCACCACCGGACACACAGCAGCGACGCCGACGGCGGCUGCGGAAUCCUUACUUGGCGCUCGUCGCGUGCUCGAGUGUUUGGACGUUCGAGCACCUGCUGGCUGACACAAAACGGAGCGUGGCGAACCUCUGCGCCCACGUGUGCCAGCUAAAGGCCGUGUACGCCGCCGUUGCCGUGUAUCCGUACGCUGUUUCAUCGGUGAGGCACGACACGACGGCAGCAGACGUCAUCGCCGCUAUGCAGGAGGAUGUGCGUUGCGUGCUGUACUACAGCGUCUACCAGAUGGAGCACACAUGCAGGAAACGGUGUGGCGGCGCUGUUGCAGCGUCGCCGCUGCUCCAUCCGCUUCUGGACCCCGAGGAGACGGCGCUGCUUCAGCAGCCGAGCGCGCUCUCCUACCUCCCUGCGCAUGUGGACUACUUCGAUCUGUUCUCUCUACCGUACCGCUUUGUUCUGCGGCAGUUGGGGCUGGAGAUGGUGUUUGCUUACCGGACUGCAGCAGGCAUGCAGCAGGAGUCGCAGCAGAUGGCCGAGGAAUGGUGGGCGCAGGCGCUCUUCAACAGCACCUUCAACCCCCUCACGUCGGCACUGCACGAGGUUCUCCAGCUCACUGCAUCCUGUGCAACCGUGCUGCUCCUCUGCUUGCAGCUUGUGGACGGGAUGUGGGUGGUGUGUCCACUCCCGUUGUCUGUUCUGCUCCGACAAGCGCACGCGGUGCAAUUCUACCGCGAUCUGCUGCGCAGUGGUGUUGCAGUGCAGCGCCUCGAGGACGGCGUAGCUCCGUUGCAGCAGUUGUGUGAAAACCUGCCCCACGCCGUCGUGUCGGAUGCGGCAACGCUGCUGCGCUCUUCGUUGCAGGGUAAGAGCCCCUCCGCGGCACCUCUCUCCGCGCUUCAGCGGCGCCGCCGCCACUGGCGUCAGGUGCUGACUGCGAGUCGACCAGAGCUCUGCUUUGCUGCAGACGACGGCAUUGUCGGAGGCCUGCGUCUCCGCGGCGGCGUCAGCUGGCACCAUGUGUACUUCACUUACCCUCAACUGUUUGUGGCCCCCAACGCAGAAGACACAGAGCAGGAGAGUGCAAGGGACACCUGUGGUGUGCGACCCACCAUCGCCGACGCAUGCUUUGCGUGUCCGGCGGUUGGCAUGACGGCCGUGGUUGGCCCAAGUGGGGCAGGAAAGAGUUCGCUCAAUCUGCUGCUGCGGCGCCUCUACGACCCAGUCGCCGUGGUGGAGCUCGCUCACGAGGGCGGAAUUGCGCGGUCGCCUCCCGACGAGCAGCUGGGCGCUUAUGUGGACCUGAAUCGUGUGGGUGCCACCGCUGAUGCAGAGGACGUUCUUGUGGAGGUCCUGCGUCUCGCCCUCGUUGAAAGCGCACUGCCGCCGCCGUCCAACAACGUGACGCCCCACUCGCCAUCUCCCCUCAGGGCGGCUAAUGGGCAGAGAGUCACGUCACAGCCUUCGCCGACGGCCUCUGCCGCGCCGGUUACCUCACCCCGUUACCGUCUGCGAGUGCAGCCCGGCUAUAUCGCCCUUGACGGCAUUCCGCUAUCCCUUUUUGCCACCGCCUACGUGCGCCAGUGGCUCGGCUGGCUGCGGCAAACACCGCAUGUGCAGCCGCGCCAAAGCUUCUUGUCCAACGUGCGCGGCACAGCGAUGCACGUGGCGGUGUGCGACGUACAACGGGCCCUGCGCGUGUGCGGCUGCGACGCCUUCGUGGAAGAGAAGCAGCGCACGUUGCGAGAUGCCGUUGGCCACUUAAGCGGUGGUGAAGCUCAGCGGCUGGCACUGGCAAGCGUUGUCGCAGUCUUGCUCGCGCGCUCUCGAGUGGAGACGCUAAACGGCAUGCCAUUGCACGACAGUGACGUUGGCACGGCGGCAGCAGCUGCUGCGGUUGGCGGGUUGGUGCUUGACGAGCCGACGAGCAACCUCGAUGCCGCCAACGAGAAUCACCUUCUCGCUGCACUCGAAGCCUUGCAGGGAGGAGGCGGUGAAGCGGAUUCGGAGGCUGGGAGAGGGUUGCCCCUCUUUACAUGGAUGAUAUCGCACCGCAUGUCGUCGCUGCGCUCGGCGCAGCACAUGGUCGUCGUGGAGGACGGCCGUGUCACGGCGAGUGGACCCCCUGCAGAAGUAACGGAAGCAAACUUGUUCGCGAAGACACAGCUGCAGCUGCAGCAGCUCACGGAUGUAUGGGCGUCGGCGGGCGCCAACGCGGCUUCUUAG